AUGGAGAUUGUUUGUGUAAAUUUGCACUGGCAUGUUGGGGUAUUUGGUGUAGCAGGAAUGAUUAUGUGGAAGAAUGCAACUUAUUCAAUGGACUUUAUGCUACGAUCUGCUUUGUCACUUUGGAACAAUUGGAAGGGUGUUAAUGAGCAAGAGGCACUGCUAAAUACGGAUGUGGCCAUGGAGUCUAACAGUGGUACUAUGGGUAUGGGAUGGAUUAUAAGAGAUGAAAUGGGUGUUCUUAUGGCUGCCAAGAGUUCAACGUAUUCGGGCUACUUUGAUGUCAAGGAAGCCGAAACGGUGAGCAUUCGAGAAGCACUAAGUUGGGUGAAGGCACUGGGCUAUGGCGACAUUGAUGUGGAAACUGAUUCCCAGAUUGUUUUUUAUGCUUUAUCUUCUACUUCAUAUAACUCUCCUUUUAGUUUAAUAAUUGAUGAUGUAAAAGAGGGUGCAUCUCCGAUACGUGAUUUAGUCUUUCGUUUUGCUAGGCGAUCUGCGAAUCGCGCUGCCCAUGCUCUAGCUAGGGAAGCUGCAUGUUUCUUUGUCAGGUUGCGGGGAGUGGUUCCACACUCCCCCUCAGUUUCUUGUCAACAUUCUUGGUUCUGA